GCAGCAGGUGUAGCUGGAGGAGAGCAGGGUGGCUCUGGAAAGCAGGCAGGGCUUCCAGCUGAGAGCUGCUCUGCCUGGCCAUGCACUGGGUGCUCUGGCCAAGGUGGCUGGCAGGCAAGGGGCUGCCCCUCCUGGGGGCAGUGCUGCUGCAGAAGAGAGAGAAGAGGGGACCUCAGUGGAGGCAAUGGCGGCGGGAAACCCACCCAUACUUUGACCUCCAGGUGAAGGUGCUGAGGGCCAGAAAUAUCCAGGGCACAGAUCUGCUGUCCAAAGCCGAUUGCUAUGUGCAACUGUGCCUGCCCACUGCGUCCUCCAGUCCCACCCGGACAAGGAUGAUAGCCAACUGCAGUGACCCCGAAUGGAACGAGACCUUCCACUACCAGAUUCAUGGUGCUAUGAAAAACGUUCUGGAGCUCACCCUGUAUGAUAAGGACAUCCUGGAUAGUGACCAGCUCUCCCUGUUACUGUUUGACCUGAGGAGCCUCAAGCCUGGCCAACCCCACAGACAUACCUUCCAACUCAAGCACCAGGAUUCACAAGAGCUGCAGGUGGAAUUCAUUCUGGAGAACAGCCAAGUGCCUGCAUCUGAAGUCAUCACCAAUGGGGUCCUGGUGGCUGCCCCCUGUCUGAGAAUCCAGGGCACCCUCGGGGAAGGUGGCACAGCUCCACAUCGAGAGUAUGGCUCUAGGCAGAUUUGGCUGACAGUGCCUGGGGCCUACGAGAAACCACAGCUCUUACCCCUGCAAUGCCCCAAAGAGGGAGGCCUCCCAGCCACCUUCACCUUUCACAUGAACCCAGUGAUCAGCUCCAGGCUGGAUGUGGAGCUGGAGGAGGAGCUUACAGUCCUGCAGAGCGGCCCAAGUGCUGAACUAGAGACCCAGACCAGCAAGCUGGGCCAGGGGGGUAUCCUGCUAUCUUCUUUGACCUUAGGCCAGGAGGAACAGCGCUCCGUGGCCCUGGGGGAGGACCAGGAGGUGGUUCUGAAUAUGAAGGCAGAAAUAAGCUCUGGAGACCUUGACCUGCGCCUUGGCUUUGGCCUGUGUGACGGCGAAUGGGAGUUUCUGGACAAGAGGAAGCAGAUCGUGUCCAAGGCUUUGCAGCAAGCACUGGGUUUGAGCCAGGCUCCAGACAGCAGCCAGGUGCCUGUGGUAGCUGUGCUGGGUUCGGGAGGUGGAACCCGAGCCAUGUCUUCCCUAUAUGGCAGCCUGGCAGGGCUGCAGGAACUUGGCCUCCUGGACACUGUGACCUACCUGAGUGGGGUCUCUGGUUCUACCUGGUGCAUCUCCACACUCUACAAAGACCCAGCCUGGUCCCAGGUGUCCUUGCAGGGCCCCAUCGAGCGUGCUCAGGCUCGAGUCUGCAGCAGUAAGAUGGGGGCGAUGUCCACAGAGCGCCUACAAUACUAUGUCCAGGAACUGGGGAGUCUGGAAAGCAGUGGCCGCAGUGUUUCCCUCAUAGACCUCUGGGGUCUCCUCAUUGAAUAUUUCCUAUACCAGGAGGAAAACCCCGCCAGACUGUCUGACCAGCAAGAGGCCAUCAGCCAGGGCCAGAACCCUUACCCUAUCUAUGCCAGCAUUAAUGUCCGCACCAACAUCAACGGGGAAGACUUUGCAGAGUGGUGUGAGUUCACCCCCCAUGAGGUCGGCUUGCCCAAGUAUGGUGCUUAUGUUCCCACUGAGCUCUUUGGCUCUGAGUUCUUCAUGGGGCAUCUGCUGCAGCCCCGGCCUGAGCCCCGGAUCUGCUACCUGCAAGGUAUGUGGGGCAGUGCCUUUGCAGCCAGCGUGGAUGAGAUCUUCCUGAAGACUGCUGGCUCAGGCCUCAGCUUCCUAGAUGGGCACAGAUGGAAAGUAAACAUCACAGAUGACUGCCAGAAGCUCCAGCUACAUGACCCCACACAGCUGCGAACCAGGCUCUUCACCCCCCAGGGCCCCUUCUCCCAGGCUGUGCUGGACAUAUUCACCUCCCGCUUUACCUCUGCAGAGAACUUUAAUUUCACCAGGGGCCUCUGCCUACACAAAGACUAUGUAGCUGGCCAGGAGUUCGUGGCCUGGAAAGCUACGCACCCUGACGCCUUCCCCAACCAGCUCACUCCCAUGAGGGAUCGCCUGUGCCUGGUGGAUGGGGGCUUUGCCAUCAACUCUCCAUUCCCCCUGAACCUGCUGCCCCAGAGAGCAGUGGACCUCAUUCUGUCCUUUGACUACUCCCUGGAGGCCCCUUUUGAGGUCUUACAGAUGACAGAGAAGUACUGCCUGGACCGAGGCAUCCCCUUCCCAAGGAUUGAGGUGCUCCCUGAGGACUUGGAGGAACCCCGUGAGUGCUACCUGUUUGCCAAGGCCGAGGACCCCCGCUCACCCAUUGUGCUGCACUUCCCCCUUGUCAACCGUACCUUCCGCACACACCUGGCCCCAGGUGUGGAGCGACAAACAGCUGAGGAGAUAGCCUGUGGGGACUUUGUCCUGAACGGGUCAGACACUCCCUAUGGCAUGAUGAACUUCACCUAUGAGCCUGAGGAGUUUGAGCGGCUGGUGGCUCUGAGUAGAUACAAUGUUCUGAACAACGCGGAGACCAUGAGGCAUGCCCUCCGGCUGGCUCUGGAGCAGCAACAGGCUAGGGACAGGGCCAGAGGCCGACCAGGCUGGAGUCGUAGGACUGUGAGAGAGGGGAGCCAUCGUGGGCUCCAGACCAGGGAUUGAGAGAGGAGGAAUGAUAGAUGCUGUGGGGCUCCUGCUUCCCACAUUACAGAGACCUGCUUUAGGUCCUCUACUCCCCAGAAAGUUCCUGCAGAAUGGCAGCUUGGCUUUGGGGCUGGACCCUUCUUUGUGUUUCUGGGAGAUGAUGGGGCAGCAGGCCUCUCUAGGGCUCCUGGGGAUGGGGGCCAGAGGUGACAGUGCUCAUUUUACAUUGGAGUGUAGAGGGGAUCAGAGGACAAUCUAGCCCCAGGGCCUGCCCCAAACCCAGAAGGAUCUUAGAAGACCCAGAUCUUCAAACCCUCACCAGACGGAGAGCUGUGAGAACUGAGGGACAGGUUCCUCUCCUUAAGCUGAGACCAAAAGCAAAGAUUCAUCCAUCUAAUCCACACUUUUCUGGCUAGGAUCCCAGAUGCAGUGCUCAAUGCUAUCAGAAUAAAGGGGGAUCUUGGGGGUUCCCAGUUUGGAUCACUACCUUCAUCCUUCAGCCUGCUGACUCUCAUUGGCCUCUGGCCUCCUCUGUCUCCCUCACUGCUCACCACCCUUCUCUGCUUAGCCUCCUGAAGGCUGUGGGAUGGUACUCUCAUCCUGGCAGAGCUCCAGUUGAUGGGUGUGCUCCUGUCUGCCUAUUACUAAUGCAUCACUCUUUAAACUCAGGCCACACUCUCGUCAUGUGUACAGCUGCCAUCUCUUGCAAAUAGCCUUGCCAUUCCCAGAAGCUUAAUGGGUGUGUCUAGAAGGUGUAUCUGUUUAUCAGGGAGCAUAGUAAAUGUGUGCCUGCAAGUGUGUGCAUGUUCCUAGUGAGGGUGGGGCUGGUGAGCACCUGUCUGUUGGCAGGGAUGGGCAUUGGUAGAGGGUACCUGGCUGGCAACCCAGAGGCCUGGGUUCCUGGCUCUUUCACAGAUACAUGCUAAGAUCUGGACAACCUGGCCCUCUCUCUCCCUGGUUUUCAUCCACCCUGACCAGCUGAGACCCUCUGAAUAGCUGGAGCCUCUCCAGCAUGGGCAGAUUUUAAGUCUGUGGAGAGGAGAUCCACCCUGACUGGGGAGGAGAUCCACCCUGACUGGGUGUCAUCUAGGAGCCCUCAAGCCCUAGGCCUCCAUAGCUGCUUCAUCCCACCCUAUACGGAGCUGUCUGGGUCCCUUCAGUGGCCCGGGUGCCAUCCUCUCUUGAACACUCGCUUCUACUACCAUCUCCUCCAGAGUGCUAUCCUGGGCUGCAGCUUUCCCCCUCCUUCCUGUCUCUGAUCAAAGCCACAAUGGCUCUUCCAGUCAGGGAUUCCUUUAGAGGAAAUCUCACUUGUCCCAACUCUGAGAAGAAAACCCUCAUUCUAGCUCCCAACUGGAAGAAGGUCCUAGCUUGUGCCCCCAGCCUGGCCUGGCCUGGGACCCCCAGGCCUCCAGUUGGAUGAGAGCGGAGAGGACUGAAGGAGCCAGGGCCCAGAAGGGCCAGUGAUUUUGACUGGCAUGGGGUGGGAGAGAGUUUGGUUCUCUCCUGCCUCCUCACCAUUGCUGUCCAUCAUAGACCAUCAUCCCUGUCUUGGCUCAGCAAUGAGAGGUUUCCCUUGGCGUAGCCCCAGGCUGGCUCCUGAGCUCCCGCUAUGGUCACUGUCAUCAUCACCCCUGCUGUGAUGAUGUCAUCAGUAACUUAUUAAGACCUCCACAGAGUUCACAACUUAGAACUUUGUAGAGUUCUUAGAACUUGGAACUCAGAGAGUUCUGAGUUCUUAGAUCUUUGUGGAGCUCAAAACUUAGAAUCUUCAGUCAUUCUGUCUUUAAUGCCUCAAAUAGCCAUAGGGUGUCUCUGGCUUCCUGAGGGUAGAAAUUUCUGUUUUGUUCGCUGCUGUAUUUUCAGCGUUUAGAGCAAUGGCUAGCAGAUAGUAGAUGCUCAGUAAAAAUUUGGCAAAUAAAUGAAUGGGAUCCUACAUUCUAGAGAAGUGGAUCAUUACCCACCAGCCAUGAAAAGAUGUGCAACACUGUAUUCCAGUGGUUCUUAAUCCAUUUGCUCCUUUUAAAAAAUCUGAUAAAAGCCAUAGAUCUUCUCCCAAGAAAAAUGCAUGUACAUAUGCAAAAUUGCAUACAACAAGGUUUCUGUUUUACUAUGUGAUCACCACCCCAGGGGGUAGGGGACUGGUGUUUGCCCUCCCAGGCCAGCAAGUUUUAUGCAGGAAGCAAACACCUGGGCUUGUGCAGAGUUGGGAGUUACCUUGAUUCAUACAGAAGUGUAGGAAAUGCCACCUUGGCUCAGAUCAGGUUCGGGAAGAUGUAAUGAGACAAGGGUGGAGGGCUAGGAUAGGGACGCUGGUCCAAUUCUCUAGCCAAGAAAUUGGUCAGGGGUGAGCUCAGUUAGAGCAUGAGGAACCAUCACCAGGAUUGAAUCUGGGAGCCAACCAGAGUGAGGAGUGGGGGGUCAAAGAUGACCUGGCCAGUUUGGCUCCUGCUCCUAGGUCAGGAGGGAUCUAGUCUAUUUCUAAUGUAUUUCUGCCCCAUUUCUAACCCUGGCCCAAGAUGGCCAGAAAGAUGUUGCAAGGUUCCAAGGGUGACCAGGCUGAAGGGAUUUGACCACAAUAACACAGCUACAGGCUUGAUUCAUUCUGAGGCUGGGCAGAAACACAGGAGCAGGGAUGUCAUUCCUUAACUUGUUAGACCCCUUCAUCAGGUAAAGGAAGAAAAUGAUGGCCACCAAGCCUGCAUGUAUGAUUGCACAGGUUGUAUACUACACAAUUCCAGGGGCUGCCAUUCACAGGAAGUGACAAUGUGAACUUUCCUGGUGCAGUUGUACCACAUGGCAGCCCUGGGGUCACGGUCUUAGCUCAAGGUGCAUGAGAACAGACACAUUCAAAUAUUAGGUCUCUUGGCUUCUUCAGAUAUAUCUCUGGGCAUUCACAAAAGUCUCCUGCAGAAAAAAGAAAGAGGUGCAGGGCAGAUGUGGGGUUGGGGGAAGGGAAAAAAGGAAGGAAGGGAGAAGGAAGCAAAAGAGAGAGAAAGAAGAAAGAAGCAUUUUCUUCUUUUGUUGGCUGGCACAGCACUAGGAGGGGGGCCUCCCGUAUUGGCAGGUGGCUGUUGGCAGAGGUGCCCCCACCUUCUCCAGAGCUCAGUCCCUGCAGCUGAUUUCCUCAUUGCUACUCCAUUCUUUUGUUGAGAGUUUAAAUGAAAGCCCCCUCAUUUCAGAUGGAGUCAUUCUUGGAAAGGAGAAAAGGAGGAUUACCUGCAUUGCUCUGCAUGCACCUAUUUUCCCCUCAGUACCCACUCUAUGGCAAUUGAAAAGCCACAGGAACACAAAACAGGGCAAGGAGUCCAGGACUUCCCCAUGCAAGAGAGAGAGAGUCUACACUGGGGCUGUCCUGCAAAUCAGGGAGGCUGGUCACCAGAGUUCAGGGGUGGAAAUUAAAUUUUUUCUAUUAGGACAAGUGAGGCACAAGAAAUAUUAAGCAAGUAAGAGUCCACACAUAUUUUUUAAUAUUUUAUUUAUUUAUUUGACAGAUAGAUAGAGCCAGAGAGCACAAGCAUGGGGAACGGCAGAGGGAGAGGAGAAGCAGACUCCCCACUGAGCCCGAAAUCCAAUGCAGUGCUCCAUCCCAGGACCCUGGGAUCAUGGACUAAGCCGAAGGCAGAUGCUCAACCAACUGAACCACACAGGAGCCCUGAACUCACACAUAUUAAAAAACUUUUAUUUUAUAGGGGCACCUGGUACCACCUAAGCCUCCUGUUUCUUGCUUUCUGAUUCAAUUCUCUUUCCUCCACUAUCCCCCUCUGCUAGUAUGAAAGUUCUAUUUUCUAUGUUUAGAAUAAUAUAGUGCACCUCUUCUAAGUAGUAAAUGUAUAAGAUUAAGUGUACAGUUCGGAGCACCUGGAUGCCUCAGUCAGUUGAGUGGCUGACUCUUGAUUUCGGCUUUGGGUCAUGAUCUCAGGGUUGUGAGAUGGAACUCUGUCAGGCUCCACACUUAGC